CUGUUCCAUAAUGUGAUUGUUACGCAACAUGAUAGUUAACCCGCGAGGCGCUCAAACCAAGGAAUGCUACCUGCUAAUUAUCUAUAGGCUAUGUUUCAACUUGUCAAUUUCAAAUGAUUUUCUAACAUGUCGUUUUCUAACAACAGUUUUAAUUGAGGUGUGUUCCAUGUCCUCAUUAAUUCACGUAGUAUUAGCCCAUUUCACUGUUAAGGACAAUUUAUGUUUAAGACUUUACUGAGCCGGACAAACGUCUCUCUUCGAGGCGACCCCAAGCACUUUCCCAGUGUUUCCCCAGAUCAAGUAUGCAGACAUUUGCAUCUCCACUCAGAAAAGAACUUGCACAAAACUUUCCCCCUGGCACAUUUUCCAGCUGGCGCCCGCUUUGCCUUCAUUGCUGUUUUCCUUACUGAUAAAACUUUGGACAUGUGUGCGUUACUAUCAAAGGGGUCUCUGUGGAUUGAAAUACCUCCAUGACUCCGGGCCUGAUGACUAAGAGAUGUGGUCGUGAUCAUUAUUCCACUGGCAGAGCUUUUCACUAAGCAAGAUGUCAACGACCACAGAAAAUGGAGUGGGAGGGUAUCGGAACACAAGCGGAGAGAAAACAUACAAGAAGACCACGUCGUCGGCCCUGAAGGGGGCCAUCCAGUUGGGCAUCGGCUACACGGUGGGAAACUUGACCUCCAAACCUGACAGAGAUGUUCUCAUGCAGGAUUUCUACGUUGUGGAGAGUGUCUUCCUGCCCAGUGAAGGGAGCAACCUGACACCGGCGCACCACUACCCAGACUUCCGCUUCAAAACCUACGCCCCGCUGGCCUUCCGCUACUUCCGAGAGCUCUUCGGGAUCAAACCAGAUGACUACCUGUACUCCAUCUGUAAUGAGCCUCUGAUUGAGCUGUCCAAUCCCGGGGCCAGCGGCUCUCUGUUCUACCUGACCAGCGAUGACGAGUUUAUCAUCAAAACCGUCCAGCACAAAGAGGCAGAGUUUCUCCAGAAACUACUCCCAGGUUACUACAUGAACCUGAACCAGAACCCACGCACGCUGUUGCCUAAGUUCUACGGCCUAUACUGCAUCCAGUCUGGAGGCGUCAACAUCCGGCUGGUGGUGAUGAACAAUGUGCUGCCACGCUCUGUCAAGAUGAACUACAAGUACGAUCUGAAGGGCUCCACCUACAAGAGACGUGCCUCCAGGAAGGAGAGGGAGAAGGCAUGUCCCGUCUACAAGGACUUGGACUUCCAGGACAUGCAUGAAGGGCUCUACUUUGACGCUGACACCUACAAUGCCCUGAUGAAGACCCUACAGAGAGACUGCCUGGUGUUGGAGAGCUUUAAGAUCAUGGACUACAGUCUGCUUCUGGCCGUGCAUGUCCUGGACCAGAGCCCGAAGGAGGGCGGCGAGCCGGGCCAGGCAGUGGGGGAUGGCAAGCGGCCCGUGGCCCAGAGGGUCCUCUACUCCACAGCCAUGGAGUCUAUCCAGGGGGACGGCAAGGCUGCCGAGGCCCACACCACAGACGACACGAUGGGUGGAAUUCCUGCCAAGUCACACAAAGAAGAGAAGCUGCUUAUUUUCCUGGGCAUCAUCGACAUCCUGCAGUCCUACAGAUUCAUUAAGAAGUUGGAACACUCAUGGAAGGCCCUGGUCUACGAUGGUGACUCUGUCUCGGUGCACCGGCCUGGUUUCUAUGCCAACCGAUUCCUCAAGUUCAUGAGCACUUCGGUGUUCCGGAAGACUCAGACCAUUCGCUUCUCCCCUUCUAAGAGGACUCGUACAUCCAUCCCUGCUCUGAAGUCGUCCUCUCAGGAGAUCCUGUCUUCUCAGAAGGAAGAGAAGGAGGAGGAGAGGAGGCAGAGGCUGGGAGGAGCACGCAGUCUGGCCAGUCUAGACGGACAAGUGUUUGGCUCCUACCUGCGUCCUGACCUAGUCCCUGACACCCCGUCUUCCUACGAGGGCUCCUCCAUGGGAACCAUCUCCUCCUCCUCCAUCAACCUGGAGACCCAGUCUGAAGACAGAGAUGAAAUGGCGUCCAGCUCAACAUUCACCCUGGAGGACAGCGCCAUCUGUCUGACGUCAGAGCAGAGCACCAUGGACGUAGAGGUGGACAUGGACCGGGAUGAUGGCUCAGUGCUCGAUGUCUACUUAUGAAAGGGGAGGCUUACAGACUACUACGAUUUUGUCAAUCGUCUGACAAUCGCUACACUCCAUUGGACAGGGCCCCUUUGACUCCACCCCCAGCGCUGCUAAAUCCACUCUGCCACUAUUGCCAAACACAAAGUACUGGGAUGCUCACACCUUAUAGGCUGAUGAACUAAAACAAGACACAAAUGGAAUUACAUGUCAGACCUUACCAAGUGAUGUUUGUUAGAGCAUGUCAGUGAAGUCCCUCAAAUAUUUUCUUUCAUGGCCUAUAAAGAAAAAGCAUAUAUAGAAAUAUACAUUCAUUUGAAUGUUUUCAUUUUCCUGCUGACCAGAAGUUAUUACACUUUCUUUGUAGUAGCUGGUUGGAUAAUGAACAUUUAGUGACAUCUUGGCCAUUGCAGAAGUGUAACAGUGACAUGGAAAACACACAAGGCCAAUAUGGAUGAGCCUGGACUCAUAUUAUGCUGUAAAAAGAACAGAUAGUAUAUACAUUCUGAAACCACCAAGGCCAAACUAAAGACUCAUUGGCUGGUAUGUUGAAGGUACCAAACCAACCAACACAUUGCUAUUCAUUCCAAUCAGACAGGACUAAAGUAACAGUUUGAAGGCAGCAGGUUAAGGGCUGCUGUUGACCUGAGAGGAGAGGAGACCCGGUCAAUCUUCUUGGAUCUUCAGCUUCAUUGAAGAGGACGGCGUCAAAAUGGCACUUUGGAUGUUAGUUAUGAUUGUAAUAACUAUUUUUCCUUGAUGAACGUUGGGUUUUGGAUUAGUGGAAUAUGCACAUUUUUAUAUUAUGCACACCUAUGUAUGUCAUAAGUACAAGUGCACAGACAAGGACUAUGGUAAAAUUUUCUGAUGCACAGAAACUAAUUUUAUAUGGAGGGGUGUCAACUGAAGAUUUCUCAGGAUAUCCUUUGAUACUGAAGAACGAGUGUGUCCUCUGUAUUGUUAACUAACCAGUAGUUUUCCUCCAUUUUAAACACAAGAUCUGACACAAAUUCUGAAUUGUAUGAUUAUAAUUUAUUAAAUAUAUAGUUUGCUGAAGAUAAAUAUUUUAAUCACUGAAUGUAAAGACUAUAUAUCUAGAAGAAUCCUAUCAAUAAAAUGGGUUCCACUUGUUUCUUU